AUGAGCAUUUACAAAAAGGUCGACUUUUACGAGCUGUGCCGGCUCUGCAUGUGCGUAGGCGGCAAGAAACACCAUCUAUUCAAGAGCCAGGAGAGCAGCGAUCGGCAGCUACAGUUCAAACUGAAAAAAUGUAUACCCCUGCAGAUCAAAGAAAGUGAUACUUUACCAAAAGGAGUAUGCGAAAACUGUAUAGCAAAAAUGGAAGAAUUUUACGAUUUUAUAGACCAAUGUGUAAAUACUGAAUCCAUGUUAAAAAGUUACUGUGCAACUUUAAGUGUUUCUGAUCAAGCAAAAUGCCAAGGAAAAGUUUAUGUACGAGAAUCUUUAGAAGAUAAUUCUGCAAGUACAAAGAAAAAUGAUAGCUCUGAUAAUUCAUCAUCUAUGCUUACAAUGCAAAGUCUGUCCAAUCUUGUUCAAUCUGGUUCAAUACAAAUAGUAAAUGAUGUAAACAGUAGUUAUCAAGAUUUUUGUAAAUAUGAUAAUAAUAUGCAGCAAGUUAUAACUAGUACAACUAAUGGAGUUGAAUCCAUGAAAUACAACUAUACAGUAGCCAGUAAUUCAAAUCAGUCGGUUCAAACAGAUUCAUCUAAUGAAGAAAAUGAUGCUAGUGAAAAUGUUCAAACCAUUUACUCUAUGCCUGAUAUUCCUAAUUCAGAUAAAGAAGAUUCUGAAAUGAACGUACAUUCUUUAAGUUAUGUGACUCCAUUAACAGUUGAACCUGAGAUGCUUCAUUUUCAAUUUAAUAAAUCUGAUAAUGAUCAAGAUUCAGAUUUGGAUAAUAGUAAGUCUAGUGAUAAAACUUAUAUGAAUGGGUUUUUACCAACGGAUGGAGCUUUUGCAUCAUGCACUGCGUGUGGGAAAGUAUUAGAAUCUGAGGAAGAAAUUGUUAUGCAUAGUCAGAUGUGCAAAGCAAUAAAUAAUAGAAGUGUUCCUAAUUUGCCAACAAGAAGUACAAGAGAUACAAUGCCUCCAAGAUUUCCUUGUGAUGUCUGCGAGAAAAAAUUUAAAAGAAAAGAGCAUUUAAUUCAACAUAGGAAACUCCAUACUGGGGAACGACCAUACAGCUGCGAGACAUGCUCUAAAUCAUUUAGUCGUAAAGAACAUCUUAUGCGUCACAUGUUGAGUCACACAGGUCAACGAUUGUAUGGGUGUGAUUUGUGUCAAAAACAUUUUAGUCGUAAAGAUAAUCUUCAUAAGCAUCGAACCACACAUGGAGUGACAGGACCUCUUGUCUGUGAAGUUUGUGGUAAAUCAUUUAUUGUAAGACACUACUACGAUAUGCAUAUGGCAACACAUAAUGAGGUUGAUGAUAAUCAGUUACCAUAUGUGUGUGACAUAUGCCAGAAACGGUUUGCUACAAAUCAAACUUUAGUUACUCAUCAAUUCAAGCAUCAGACCAAAGGUUAUACUAAUGAUAUUAAAUCGGAGCCUGGAUCUGUUAUUGAAAAAUUGAAAAAUGAAUUACAGGUUGAUCUACAAGGGAAGCAAAAUCAACUAUCUAAUGUGCCAAAUAUAAAUACAUAUCAAGUAUCUUACGAGGAUAAUAAUUCGUAA